CGAGACUUUGUUUUACACAGGCACUUUAGGUCGUACUCUAUAAGCGCGUGGUAGAAGUAUCUGUAUCAAGAUGUCGCUGUUCUCAACUCCAGCCCUUAAUAAUUAUCUUUCGACUGCCACAACGUUCAUUACAAAGUCUUUAGAAACAAAAGUCUUCGAUGAUGGUGGUUCAAAGAGCACCUUUAUUGGUAUGAAGGCACCGUUAAUUGGACGUUAUGGUUUAACAAUUAGUUCAGGUGGUGCAAUAAAUAUUGGUCGUUUUAAGGAUCCACGACAAAAUUUACGUGAUUCACGCGAAAAUAAAGUUGUUGUGCCACCAGACUUUGGAAUUACACCAGCAAAACCAAUCCCAGCUACACGUGGCGGUGGUUUGGCCUCUGCAGCUUUAUCAUAUGAUCAACUGAAGAGUCAACUGUUACAAAGUCGAACAUUGUUUGAAGAUCCAGAGUUUCCAGCCACUGACAGCAGUUUAUACUUUAGUCAAAAACCGCCAAGACAAAUACAAUGGUUACGUCCACAUGAAAUAUGUUCAAAUCCUGAGUUUAUUACUGGUGGUGCAACAAGAUUUGAUGUUCGUCAAGGUGAACUAGGUGAUUGUUGGCUAUUGGCAGCUAUCGCAUGUUUAUCAAUGCAUAAAAAUCUAUUUGAACAAGUUGUAUCAAUUGAUCAAAGUUUCACUAAGGAAUACUGUGGUCUAUUUCGUUUUCAUUUUUGGCAUUAUGGAGAAUGGAAAGAAGUUGUUAUCGAUGACCGUUUACCAACACAUCGUGGUUCACUUGUCUAUAUACAUUCAACUGAAAAGAAUGAAUUUUGGUCUGCUUUGUUAGAGAAAGCAUAUGCAAAAUUAUGCGGUUCAUAUGAAGCAUUGAAAGGUGGUACAACAAGUGAAGCAUUAGAAGAUUUCACGGGUGGGAUAGCUGAAAUGUUUGAUUUAAAGAAAGAUACUCGACCAGAUUUACUGUCAUUGAUGUUAAAAAGUCAAGAGUUGUGCUCAUUAAUGGCGUGUUCAAUUCAAGCUGAUCCAAAUCAAUUUGAAGCUAAACUACCGAAUGGUUUAAUUAUGGGUCAUGCUUAUUCAGUGACAUCAGUUAAAAUGUUGGACAUUUCACUACCAGAUAAGAGUGGUAAAAUCCCACUAGUUCGUGUACGUAAUCCAUGGGGUGAUGAAUCAGAAUGGAAAGGUGCAUGGAGUGAUAAAUCAAGAGAAUGGUCACUUAUACCACCUGAACAAAGGCAACAACUUGGUUUAACAUUUGAAGAUGAUGGAGAAUUUUGGAUGUCUUAUCAAGAUUUUACAUCAAAUUUUGAAAAACUUGAAAUUUGUCAUCUUGGACCACAAUCAAUGGGAGAUGCUGCUAAGGCGAAAAAUCGUGUUUGGGAAAUGUGUAUUGAAGAGGGUUGUUGGCAACGUCGUGUUACAGCUGGUGGAUGCCGUAAUUUUCUUGAUACAUUUUGGACAAAUCCCCAGUAUGUGGUAUCUGUUGAAGAUCCAGAUGAAAAUGAUGAUGAAAAUAAAGGCACAUUAAUUGUUGGUUUAAUGCAAAAGGAUAGAAGAAAGCUGAGACGUGAAGGUAGCGAUUUACUGACCAUUGGCUAUGCUGUUUAUAAGAUACCUGAACAACACCAAGGUACAUUGGAUAUGAAAUUUUUCAAAUACAAUGCAUCAGUUGCACGUUCACCAGCAUUUAUUAAUCUACGUGAAGUAUGUGGUCGGCAUAGAUUAGAUCCUGGUCGUUAUGCAAUUGUUCCAUCAACAUUUCAACCAAAUGAAGAAGCAGAUUUUAUUCUACGUAUCUUUUCAGAGAAGCCAAGAACAACACAAGAAUUGGAUGAAGAGACGGGUGAAACUCAACCAACACUCCGUUUGGAUGAUAGUGCAACUGUGAAACCAUUGACAGAUGUACAAGUUGAAGCAUUACAACGAGCAUUUAAUAAAGUUGCUGGAGAUGAUGGAGAAAUUGAUGCGGAUGAAUUACGUGAUAUAUUGAAUUGUGCAUUUACACGAGAAGAUGCAUUUGAAUACUUCACUUUUGAUGGAUUCAGUAUGGAAUCUUGCCGAAGUAUGAUUGCUAUGAUGGAUUUCGAUCGAUCUGGUAUGUUAAGUUUCAGUGAAUUCCGAAAGUUAUGGGAUCUUUUACGUGUAUGGAAGUCUGCAUUUAGACAAUUUGAUGCAGAUAAAAGUGGUUCAAUGAAUUCAAUUGAAUUAAGAAAUGCACUGAAACAUGUUGGCUUCUCGAUUAAUAAUGCAAUAUUCGCUACAUUGGUUAUGCGUUUUGCACGUCGUGAUGGAAGUAUACCAUUCGAUAGUUAUGUGAUAUGUUGUGCACGACUUCAAACAUUAUUUGAAGUUUUCAAGGCAACACCGAAAAAUGAACAAUCCCAGGCAUUGUUUAGUGAAAGUGAGUUUGUCAACACUGUCCUCUAUAUGUGAGAAAUGCAACAAGGAGUGAAUAUAUUUUCGAAUUAACAAAACUCACUACUUUAUGUAUUCUCUUUCUCUAUUUAAUAGCAACUUGCUGUCAUUAUUGAUGUUAUUGUUAUCACUAUUAAUAAAUCAUUUCAAAUAUUGUUACUCACUGAUAGAAUAUUUUCUAUUUCAUUCUUUAACAUAAACUGAGAAUUAUUAAAACAAAAGCAGAUAUACAAGUUGCUGAAUAUUACUAAUACUAUUCAAUAAAGAAAAGAAUCAUGCUUUAAUAAACGCUUUUCAUUUUUAAGAGUUUUGCUUAACCUUUAUACACUUUUCAUUUAUUAAUUGCUUAGAGAUAUUUACAUACAUUACUGCUAUUUAUUACAAUACUCAAUGAGUAAACAGAAUCUCAGAUUAUUGUGUUUCCUUUUCUGUGUUCAAUGUUUCAAUGUACCUUGUUCACCUUGAACAUUUCGUCCACUGCAUUGCUGUUUGAAAAUACACACAGACAGAUAUAAACGCACUUGUUUAUACGUAUUUACGCUUUUUUUAGUAUAAUACUCAAUAUAUAUGUGUGUUAUUUGCUUUUCAUAACAAUUAUACGAAUAGAAAUUCCAGUAUAAUCAAGUAAAACGCUUUUGAAUACAAUAAAUUAUAUUUGUAAACGUGGCCAUUUGUUUUUCCCGCUUUUCGCAUAAUGAACAUUGAAGACAGGCAUUUUUGUUGUUGAUGUUUGAGAUAUUUCUGUUAGUUCCAUUUGAAGAAUUUGCAGUUUUGUCCAGUUCAAGUAUUUUGUGAUGAUUUUUGUUAUGAUUAAGUACUUCAACUUCAAGUGUAAGAUUAUAGAGACUCUGGGAAUUGUUUGUCUCCAAUCCUAUUCGAAGUGAUUUCGCAAAUUACUGAGCUCACAUUUAUCGUUUUGUUCACCAUUACCUAUUUCUGAUGUCUUG